GACUACGUAAGCGCUCACUCUAAUUUCUUGCCACAACCUGCAGGCCUGGUGCUUGGAACACAACAUUUAUCUCCAAUACACUCAUAUUCUCGUGUCUGCUUAUAUCUUCGUGAAAAUCACUGCUCCUUGAUAUGCGAAGCUGGUUGGAACAUUGGCUAGCUGUUUGUUACAUUACGUUCGUUCUAAUGACCUCCGGUGGACUAGUAACUGCACAACAAGCUUCUUCGCCUGCACGAAUUCUCAUAUUCUCUGCUACGUUGGAGUUUCGACAUGAUUCCAUCCCGACAGCAAUACAGGCUAUGAAAGACCAAGGGUCGCGGUACAAUAUACAGUUUGACAAUACUGAAGACAAGACAUGGUUUUCGGAUGGUCGAAUUAACCAGUAUGAUGCUCUAGUGUUUCUUGACAAUACUGGCGAAGUGCUCGAUGAUGAGGGUCAAAUUGCGUUCCAGGACUAUGUGAAUGCAGGCGGAAACUUUGUCGGGAUCCAUUCUGCAUCAGACUGUCUUACGAACUCGUCUUUCUUUGAGAAGGAACUUGGGGCACAUUUCGACUACCACCCAGAGAUAACCAACGCGACAGUGAACGUUCUUGAUCAUUCGCAUCCAAGCACGAGCCUACUGCCGGAUAGGUGGCAGGUCUUUGAUGAGAUGUACAACUUCAAGUCGGACCCUCGCAGCUUAGGGGCGGUUGUUCUCCUUUCUGCAGAUGAAUCGACCUAUUCCGACCCUGGACCUCGUAAAUUCGACCAAGGCACUCCUCAUCCAACUGCCUGGUUCCAAGAGCAUGGUGCUGGUGUAGAGGAAGGCGGAAUACAAGGUCGAAGUUUCUAUACAAGUUUAGGACACACAAAUGAGACGUGGCAGGAUGACUUGUUUCUUUCUCAUGUGAUGGGUGGCAUUUCCUGGGUCCUGCAAUCAAACACGACGAGGGUAGCCAACUCCAGUGCUCAGAUUGGCUCAGGGUCCAGUACUGCGACUCCUGCGUCAACAGGUCCUUUGUCGACUUCAUCGGGCAGUGCCGCAACUGACGUGCCCUCACCUUCAGGUGCUCAACCUAUUACGUUAGCAUGGAUGUCUGCGCCUUUUGUUUUGGCUGUUAUUGCGAUAGGUGUAUCUGUGAUGUUUCAGUGACACCCAUUUGUGUUCAUGUACAGUAGACCCUAUCGAUUGGCACGAUAUAUAUCAUGACCUUGGAGGUUGGACAUUAUUGAUGUAUACGACUGUCUUUUGCAUCUGUAUGCACACCAUGUUGUACUUGCACAAAAUUUAUCUCCGACGUUUUCCAGCGCUUCCCAUUUAUGUUCAU